UCAAACCACUUCCUCCACACGACAGCACGCACUGCGGCGCUGUGCAUUAAGUUUGAUUUCCUGGAUAAAAGCUACUAAUACCCGAAGAGCCUUUAAUCUCUCCGCGGAGCCAGUCAGUGAAACAACCAUUUGCUGACCACAGAGUCCUUGGUAAUUCUAGGGCUAACCAUGCAGUAGAUAGAUUGUAGGGACAGCCAACACCAACCCAUCGCUUCUCAGAAACUUCACCAUCCUUGGCGUUACGGAGGAAGGAUGUAAUCAAGUCCCAUGGAGCUCAAGCGCCUUUUGAUGUGGCUCUUGCUUGGAUCCAUCAUGGGAACAAGGGCAGAAAAAUGCCCACGUCUUUCAACUACUGAAUUUGCUGAUUUGGCUGCUGAAGCAUAUCCACUGAAGACCAAACUGCGUUAUGAAUGUGACAGUGGCUACAGGAGAAGAAGUGGGAACUCCUUGAUGAUUCGGUGCCAGAAUAUAUCAGGGACUGCUUCUUGGGUCUACGAUGAACUUGUAUGUAUUGAUGAGAAACUUUUGUUCUCAAGGAAUCACACAGAUAAAUUAAAUUCUAUACAAGAGCCAGCAAGAGAAACCCAGAGCCCAGCACCUCCGAAGCAAGUAAAUAAUUCAAGUUUUUGUGGUGUGCCCAAAACUGUCCCACAUACCUCUCUAAGUGCACACCAACAAUAUUCUGUGGGGCAAGUAUUACAUUUCAAAUGCCCGACUGCCUACAACAAGCAACUUCCUUUCUCUGGCACCAUCACGUGCAAGAAUGUGGAUGGAAGUAUCAAGUGGACACCCCUUGAUAAGCCAUGUACCAAUGACAGCUGCCCUACAAACAAGCAUCUGUCACAUCUGAUUGAGGCAGUCAUUUUUUUCAUUCUGCCUCUCCAUUCUGCUGUCUUUUUGUGAGUCGCCGAGCAGAGACGAUAAAAGGGAAGGAACCAGGAAAACAUGAAGUCUAAAAAAUAUCCCUGGGAGAGCUCUCAGUCAGAUCUGCCACCUCAUUAUUGCACCGCUUGGAUUUCUGAAUACCUUCUCUGGUAUUAAAUAAAUGACCCCGGAUUUUGGGUUGUCUGGUUCAGCUGUUAAAUACUGGCAGAAGAAAAGCAGGAAUCAGAGCUUCUGAAUUCAAACAAGUGUGCAUAAAACCAUUUUGUCUCAGCCAUUGUGGAACUGAGAGUGACAGUUCAAAUAACGGGUGGAAAAUGAAUCCUGUGAGGAAAUUAAGGUUAAUUAUGCAAAUAUGUUGGUUUCAGAUAGAUUGCGCAAUCAGUCUUUUUCUCUCUGGCUGGUCUGUGGGAAGCCUGGUGGAGCAUCUGCCACCAUUACCACGUACUUCUUUGUCCUUCGUCCCCCUGAUUUCUCAGACGUGCCAUGACAACUUUGUACUGCAGACUUAUUUUAGUCUGGCCUCCUCACUGCUUCUAUUACUACACUGAGACAUAACUUGUUCCUGUUCCGAGGCUCCUCCGCCUACGUAAUCCAAAGUGUCCCUGUUUCACACUUGGAAGUUCUCCUUUUCUCCUCUUUCUCUGCAAAUGCUCAUUCCAGUUUCUCGUUAUGUUCUUUACUAAUUACUAGUGGGCUCUGCCUCUCUGCUGAAUGGGAAUCUUUCUCUACAAGGCAGGAGGAAUCAUAGAAUAGAGUCGUAGAAUCAUAGAAUGGCUUAGGUUGGAAGGGAUCUCAAAGAUAAUCUAGUUCUCACUUCCACCCCGUGACACAGGAAAGAACUUUGUUAGCAGUGCUGUCCCCCAGAAACACUUCUAAUAGUAUAGCAAUUAUAGUAUUCUGACAUAGAAUCAUAGAAUCAUAGAAUCACCAAGGUUGGAAAAGACCUAAAAGAUCAUCCAGUCCAACCAUUCACCUACUACUAAUAGCUCCCACUAUUACUAAUAGUCUCACAUAACAACAACCUCAUUCUAUUCCAUCCUAUUCCACUCCAGUAUUGCUCCAGAUCACAGGAGGCACAAGAUUAAUUUGGCAGUUCCUUCUAUACUUGCAGAGCAUCAAAAAGCCUACUGCAAAGGCAUCUGAGGACAGAUUCAAGCAUGACUUCAGCAUGUGCAGUAUUUGAUAUAUACUUACUGUACUGGGAAUUUAUGAGGUUUUAAUAGACUUUUGCCACUUUUUUAGCUAUAGUCUGCCUGGUAUGAUGGAGUUCAACUGAGAAAAUAUAAACAACAUCUGAGACAGACAAUGGGAAGGAACAAGUCCCUUAGAGAAACAUGUUUAUCUGACUCUAUUGCCUGUAAGUAUAUGUAUGCCUGUACAUAGCUGUACAUAUAGAUAUACACAUGUAUGCCUAUAUGUAGACCCAAUCCCUCAGUGUCUAAAGGCACUUGUUUCUCUUCAUUAACUCUAAAUGAUGCCCACAUUGACCAGAUUACCUCCAUAUGCUUACAUGUCAAAAACCAAACAGGGUUAAUCCCUCCAAAUUCAGUAGGCAUGACAUGUUAGUUUAGUUUUCUAUUUUGCAAUAGAGUGCAUGUCAUUACUUUACUGAGCUGAAUUCCUCUUGAGUUUUUCUCACUCCAUGGCUUUGAUGUUUAUACUUUCCAUAGCUUUUCUUUAUUCCUGUUGGAGCAGGACUAAUUUGUAAUAUGUAUCUUUAUAAAGAUAGAGAAGUGAUGGUCUAUUACACACUGGUAUAUUGUAUGGGAGAAAACAGCAAUCUAUAUUUAUACAAUAGAUGAGAUGUUUUCAAACCUGCCAACUGCUCUAAAGUGUGUAAGCAGUGGUACUGAGCUCUUCCGCUUCAUUUGUUUAACGCACAUUAGUUACUGUUAACAUAACUCUAUUAAACACUGCAAUUAGGUUGGCAUGACUUGUCCCACUCACGGAGGUUGACUGAAGAAGGCUAAUAUUUUUCCUGCUUCUAGAAUGUACAUUUUUAUCCAGUUAUGCAGAUAAUGAGUCAUGUCUCCCAUUGCUCUGAUGACUUAAUCUACUUUCCCUAGCCAGGUUGGCUCAUGGGCCCUCUCUCCAUAUUUUGUCUUUGUUUCUUGGCAAUCAAAGGUGACACACUGUCGGUUCGGUACCUGUAAGCAAAACAUACUGGAGAAAUAUUAUAGGAUUCAAUUCUCUUAGCCAUUAAUGUCUACAUAGGGUCAGAACCCAGGUGAUCUCCAGCAUGGGAGCUGUAUAUGUACUGUAUCAGAAAGCCAUAAGUCUCAGGCAAGCUGUACUUCACCUCCUGGUAGGGCUUGUUGGCUCGAUCCUUCAAUACAACACACAGAGAGUGUGGAAAUCAGAAAGGUGCAGCCUGGAAGCAAAAAUGAGCCACUGAAGGAAGCUGUGGCCAAGCAUGUGCCAUCCCUCCUGCUUUCUCCAUGGCCACUCAUUCGUUUUACAUGAGGCGUGGUGUUUGAUACUUUUAUUUUGUAAACCUGAUUUUCUCAACACGGAAUGAUCAAUAAACUGUAAUGAUAAAUAAUUCUGGAUGGUUGAA